UGAGUGACUGGCGAAGAGCGCUUGCUAAUUUAGCCUAUUAGCUUCCGCCUAGCUGUCCUCUUCGUGUCAUAUAUUGUUUAGGAGCCUACUCUUCGUGGAUAUGCUUUUUAUGUCGACAUGGCUCGAAGGAAAGAAGUGUUUCAAUCAAAAGUUCUCCAAAAGCUUUACCCUGCUCCACCUACAUCGGAGAAACAAACCAGCACACCAUCUAUUGAAGCUUUAGCCAAAACAACUUACGUAAAAAGAAAAACAUCUUCAGAUAACCUCAUUUCAGAAGAUGCAGGUAAAAGGCGGAGCACAGUUAACCCAAGCCGGAAGAUGUACACAGUCCUGCCGCCACCACCUGGCCACAGUAUUCAUUUAGAAGCAUGUGGCUCACUUCCCCAGCUAGAAGUGGAUGGUGACAUAGAUCCAGCAGAGAAACAUCGCCACGAGAGCAGCGAAGAGUCAGACGGAUACACAGAAACAAAUGAGAGGAAAAGGAGGAGGCGAAAAAAGAAGCGGCAAGCAGAAUCUCCUCCCGGUUCUGGGAAAGAUGGUGCCGUUGCGACCAGUGAAUCCAGUACGGGUCAAGCGCCUGUGGAGCAGAGAGGCGAGUGCUCGAGCAAGAACAGGAAGAGGAAGCUUAAGAAGAAGCGGCACAAGGAGAAGCUGAAGUCCAUGGGUCAGAUGCCGCGGGCCGCUGCUCUGGAGUUCACCUUCCAACAAGUGGAGGAGGACAACAGCAGAAGAACUGCAGAUUUGUUAGACUUUUUAAAGAAAACGGCAGAAAUCUGUUUGUCAGAUCCUUCACAGCAGAGAAACCAGCUUCUACAACUGUCAGCUUCAGUAGAUGAUCUGGUUGACAGUAUAGCAAGUGGAUCGAAGGCCGACUCUGUCAUGGAGCAGCUGUUCUGUCUGAAAACCUUUGCUGAGCAGAAUAAGACAGAAAAUCUAGAGAACGCUCUGAAGGAGCUCAGAAACAACCCCGUCCUGACUGCAGAGGAAACCGCGGCAGUCAUCUCGCUGUUCCAAUACUGGCUGACAGACAUUCUUCCCAUGCAGGCAGAGGAAACGAGACCCCCUACAUGACGCCAACACUCACAAAAAACUCUUUCCAACCAUUUUAGUUGAUAAAACUUUAUUUUCAUUUCAUAAACUCCCAAGUUUAAUUUUUACACUUUUUUUUCCUUAUUUAUGAUUUUUUUUUUUAUAGUUUAUCCUUAAUUUAAAUCAAAACAUUGAAGUGAUUUCAAAAUAAAACUCAUUUCCUCUUUCCAGCCCUCUGGGAAUGUGGA